AUGGGGGAGCCCCCCAGGACAGGGAUAGGGGCCAACGGGGCCCCCCCGGGGGUCCCCAAAUGCAGGAUCCCCAAAUGGGGGGGUCCCCAAAACCUUCCUCUCCCUCCUGGCAGGGGCUGCACCGACGUCGUCUGCUGCGUCCUGCUGGUCGUGGCCAUCGUGGGCUACGUGGUGGUCGGGGUCGUGGCCUGGACCCACGGGGACCCCCGCAAGGUGAUCCACCCCACCGACAGCCGGGGGCAGUUCUGCGGGCAGCAGGGGACCCCCAACGAGAAGAAGCCUUUCCUCUUCUACUUCGACAUCGUCAAGUGCGCCAGCCCGCUGGUGCUGCUGGAGUUCCAGUGCCCCACCACGCAGAUCUGUGUCAGCAAAUGCCCCGAGCGGUACCUGACGUACCUGACGGCCCACGCCGCGCCGGGGGAGCUGCGCUACUACCGGGACUUCUGCGUGCCCUCCUUCGACCCCCGCAAGGCCCCCCUGGAGGUGCUGAAGGACAGGGAGUGCCCGGCCAUGCUCAUCCCCAGCACCCCACUGGCUCGGAGGUGCUUCCCGGCCAUCCAGGCCAAGAAGGGCGUCAUCAUGGUGGGCAACGAGACCACCUACGACGACGGCCGCGGGCGCCGCAGGAACGUCACCGAGCUGCUGGAGGGGGCCAAAAAAGCCAACGUGGUGCUGGAGACCCGGCAGCUGGCCAUGAAGAUCUUCGAGGACUACACGGUGUCCUGGUACUGGAUCAUCAUAGGCCUCGUCAUCGCCAUGGUGGCCAGCCUGGUGUUCAUCGUCCUGCUGCGCUUCCUGGCCGGCAUCAUGGUCUGGGUCAUGAUCGUGAUGGUGAUCCUGGUGUUGGGAUACGGGAUCUUCCACUGCUACAUGGAGUACGCCAAGCUGAAGGGGGAGGCGGGUUCCGACGUGUCCCUGGCCGACCUGGGCUUUCAGACCGACCUGCGCGUCUACCUCCACCUGCGGCAGACCUGGCUGGCCUUCCUGAUCAUCCUGUGCGUGCUGGAGCUGGUGAUCGUCCUGCUGCUCGUCUUCCUGCGCAAGAGGAUCCUCAUCGCCAUCGCGCUCAUCAAGGAGGCCAGCAGGGCCGUCGGUCACGUCAUGUCGUCGCUGCUCUUCCCGCUCUGCACCUUCUUCCUGCUGUGCCUCUGCAUCGCCUACUGGGCCAGCACGGCCGUCUUCCUGUCCACCUCCAACGAGGCCGUGUACAAGGUGUUCAACGAGUCCUCCUGCCCCUUCUCCGGGCAGACCUGCAGGCCAGAG